UAAGCAAGCCAUCAUCAUCAUUCUGGAUUCUCCUUCUCUUUUUUAUUAGUGUUUCCAUAAAAUUUUAUUCAAAUAAAAGCUGUAAAUUAUUCUUAUUCCCGUUUUAAUCAAUUGUAUCAAUAUUACUGUAUGUUCUGCAUUUACAUUGAAACCAUGUGAAGGAAUGUACCGUUUACACAAGUACCUAAUAACAAGCAUCAUAUUAUGUUUAGUUUUCUCUUACAACAACAAACUUAAUGCUCAUAAUGAAAUAACCCAUGCUAACAGCAAUGAUGUUUUAAUCAACAAUGAUUCUAGUGACUUAAUUGAAUCUAGAGGACAUUUGACUGCUUAUAACCUUCUAUCAUCUUCAAAAUUGACCAAUUCAAACUCAUUUGGGUCAUCAUCAUCAUCAUUACCUUUAUCAACUAGUCCUGUGAGUGACGGUGCUAGCUCAAGAUCACCCACUCAUGCUUUACCAGCACCAUCUUCAAAACCAUUAUCUGAUAAGUCAGAUGAAUCCAGUGGUGACAGUAAAUUCUAUAAAACCUUAUGCUCAACAAAUCGUAUGCAACCAUGUCAAAAUUUAUCAAUAGAUUGCUUAGACUGUGCGUAUGAUUACACCUGUGAUUUUGGAGAAUUGAAAUCGGUGGAAUGUAGAGUUAAAGAAAAUAUUGAAUGCCAGGGAUCAAAAACUGUUUAUCACAAUUAUACUUGUGCCUAUUGUUACCAAUUUCCUGAAAUCAACUACCACUGUACACCAAGUUUUACCUGUCGUAUCAACUCCAGAUAUUUAACUGAUUGCAAUAUGAAAUCUCAUGUUCUAUGCCUCGGAAAUAGAAGUUUCCAGAGAUAUAAAAUAUGCAAUUUUGUUUCUGGCUAUAAGUGGUCGACUGCAUUAUUACUUAGUGUUACUUUCGGUGGAUUUGGAAUCGAUAGAUUUUACCUGGGUUAUUGGCAAGAAGGUAUUGGAAAAUUAUUCAGUUUCGGUGGAUUUGGUGUUUGGACUUUAGUGGACAUUAUUCUAAUUUCAACAGGCUAUUUAAAACCAGCCGAUGGAUCAAGAUAUAUUAAUGACUUCAGCUUCAGUUGAUGACUCAUUUAGUUAGGCGUUACGACAAAUUUUCGUGGUGGAUCACUUUAUUUUCCUAUACAAAAGUCCUUGAAUAUAACAUCAAGGAUAUCUUCAGUGCUUAUUUUACCCGUUAUGUUGGAUAUUUCAUCAACACACUGACGUAGAUAAAACCCAGCAAGAGCUAGAUCGUGGUCAAAAUGUUGCAUAGAACUUUCUAAAGCCUCACAAAUUUUUUUCAAAUGAGUUUGGUGUCUAUCAGUGAUGAAUAUCUGUUCAUUUUGAACAUUUCCACAGAGACUGCUUAUAUUAUUCCCAAUAAUUUCUAUCAGUUCAUCCAAUGACUGUUCUGUCUUACAGCUAACUAAGGAUGAAUUUUCUGCUGGAAUUAAGCUUUUCAAUCGAUUGAUUUCACUUUCAUUUAAAAGAUCCAUCUUGUUGAUGAUAUAAAUCACCUGUUUUUCACUACUUAAAACAUCUUCAAAAUUUUGGAUGUAUUGAGUAAAAUUGGUCUUCUCAGAAUCUAAAAGUAAACACGAUCCAUCCACAACUAAAAGUACUAAAUCCGCCUCGAUAGCCCUACAUGGAAUAAAAACAAAAAUCAGUCAAGAAGUCUAGAUCGAUUCUAAAGGACAAUUAAGAAAUUUUGAAGCAAUAUUUGCAUACUAAAUUACCUUUGUUUAGCUCUUUUAAUACCUUCCAACUCAAUUGGAUCCUGAAUGCAAGUGUCCUUCAAACCAGCAGUAUCACUGACUCGAACGGACCAGCCUUUGAUGUCCAAGUAUCCUUCAACAAUAUCUCUAGUAGUUCCGCUGAUUGGUGAAACAAUAGACAAAUCUCUACGACCUGGAAAUAAUUGUUACACAUGAUAUUGAAACCAAUUAUAAAAGCAAGUUAAAGUGAAUAUGUAAAUAUGAAUGUUAAAUAAUUAACUAGGAAGCUGUAAAAUUUUCCUUUUUAAAUGUAAAAAGUUCCAAAAUGAGACAAAAUGCUGCUCAGACUUACACAAUUUAUUCAAUAAAGUGCUUUUGCCUACAUUAGGCAAACCUAUUAUUGCCAUGUUAA